AUGCCGCUCUUCAAGACAGCUGCGGCCUGCGCCACCAUUCUUAGCCUCGCUGUGGCUACUCCGAUCGACAAGCCUGGCCAGACGUUCACUUGCAAGCAGGUGGAGAAAGGAUCCGUGGCUAGGAAUGGACCUGCUGAAAUGCUCAAGGCAUUCAACAAGUUCGGUAAAGAUGCUCCGUCCGAGGUCGUGUCUGCGGCCGUCGCUGCCAGAACUGGUUCUGCUGCUGCUGUGCCAGGGGACAAGUAUGACACCGAGUACCUGACGCCUGUCACCAUCGGCAAUACCACGUUGCAGCUUCAGAUAGACACUGGAUCUUCUGAUCUGUGGGUCUAUUCCUCUUUCAUGCCGGAAAGCAUCAAGGCCGAUCAUUCCGUCUACGACCCGGCUGUCUCCGGUAUCAAGAUGGACGGUUACAGCUGGAACAUCACGUAUGGUGAUGACAGCGCCGCUUCUGGCUCUGUUUACGCCGAUAAAGUUGUCGUUGGUGACUUGACGGCUACCUCCCAGGCGGUUGGGGCGGCCACUUCCGUUUCCAACAUGUUUGUAGAGGACCCUACUGAGGAUGGAAUCCUUGGGUUGGGAUUCAUCGCAAAAAGCAGAGUCCAGCCGAAACCCCAAAAAACAUUUUUUGACAACAUCGCCGACCACCUGGCCGAGAAACUAUUUGCCGUCACCUUGAAACGAGGCGAGGCUGGAACAUUCGACUUCGGCUUUCGAAAUAGGAGCAAAUACACUGGCCAUAUCGCGUAUGUCGACGUUGACAAUUCGGACGGGUGUUGGGAAUUCACCUCUACUGGCUAUGCCGUUGGCAAGGGCUCUGUCGUCUCCACUGCUAUCAACGCCAUUGCCGAUACCGGCUCUACCCUGCUUAGCCUCCCGGGGGCGGUCGUAAAAGCUUACUACAACGAAGUCAACGGCUCUUUCUACUCUGCUCAAGACGGUGGCUUCGUCUUCCCGUGCAACGCCGACCUGCCCGAAUUCACGCUCAUCAUCGGUGGUCGGCCGCGGACUGUUCCCGGCGAAUACAUGAACUAUUCCCCUGCAAAUGAGUCGCAUUGCUAUGGUGGCCUGCAGAAGAAUACGGGAUUGCCUUUUUCCAUCAUUGGAAGUAUCUUCCUCAAGUCCCAGUAUGUGGUUUUCGACCAGUGCACCAGGAAUCCCCGCCUUGGAUUCGCUCAGCAAGCUUGA